AUGAAUUGCAAGUUUUUCGGUGCCCUCACAUACACGGUCAAUCUCAAUUUGCAUAUUGGAGAACUAGCCAAGAAAGAAAACGAACAACAACUCAUUCAGAUUCGAACUACUCUGCUGAAUCAGGUCUUGCAACUGAUCAAUGAUGAUACUGUUCUACAAAGUGGUAUGUUUGUAGUCAAGAAAAUGCUGUCCAACCUCUCUUUGUUGUUUAUGAAUAGCAGUGGAUUAUGGAGCGAUCCUCUAUUAGCACUGAUCGACUGCAUCGUCUCCGGCCAAGUCUCUGACUCUAAUAUCGCUGAUGACCAGAUCGAUGAGGCCCUGGGCGGACUUCCAUGGCCACAAAUCUAUAUUCUUUUGCUUUUCGCCCAAAUUUUAGCAGAGGAGUUGGUAAAGAAAGAAGCGACCAACGUGUCCAAUGUACAAACGCAUACUUCAGUCCACCAGCAUCUAUUUCCAACAGUUCAAAAGUUGAUGACGUUUCUCCUAAACUUAUCACCAGAACAGAAGCUCAUAGAUACAUGGCUUGACUGUCUAGUCUCUUGGGUGGGGUAUGCCUCAAAGGCGGAGUUUGACUCCACAGAACGCUAUGAUCUAACAAGUCUUCUUUCAAUAUGUAUUUCGCUUGUCCCCAGCACAGACUAUGCCAUUUCACAGAAAGCCAUUGAGACUUUAAGUGAGGCCUUGGAAACAAACGCUACAUUUUUCAAUAGCCACCUUAAAUCGGAUUUGCUGUCAAUGCUAUUUGGCGAAGUGGGAGUCCAAUAUGUGAGGUACUUUAGUUCACAGCAAGACGAGAAAAGCGUGGCAGACUUUGCAAGACUGAUAAUUGCAUUUUUGGACACGGAUCUCAAUGCAUUGGUUCUAAAACUCAAUGAUGAUGAGAACGCUUAUAUCUUCGACUUCUUGGUUGUCCUCACAGACUACCCCGGAAUUCCCAUAGACGAGGAGUCAGUUUCUAGAGAAUUCGCUGAUUUUUGGCUUCGAUUUGCUGACUACUGUAUAUGUGAGGAUACUACCCUUCAGACACUUUUGAAUGAUAAGCCAGGUGGUCACGAGGUUCUUUCUGAAAAGAUCAGAGCCUUAUUCGAAAGAGUUACUCAGAUAUACUGGAAAAAAGCGCAUGUUCCUGAAGAUGAAGAAGGCUUUUCCCAGUACAAACAAGAAUUCGCCCUCUAUAGACGAGAUAUCGGGGAUCUGUUCGAGUCUGUGUAUCCUUUGGUUAGACUUCCACUGAUAAUCAAUCUUCUAAUGACCAUCGAGAGAAGCAUUCAAACACGGAAGCUAGAAGACAUUGAGCCAUCUUUGUAUCUUGUGACUUGUAUUUCCAAAGAUUUCGGGGACGGAGAGGUAGAUCCUCAAUUGGUUCAACAUUUGAGCGCAAUCUUAGAUUCGAAUCUUUUACCUAUCGUUUUGCAAUUGAGAACCGAUCGCUUUAGGUAUCUUGUUAGUACCUCGAUUCAAUUCUUUUCGAGUGCAGACUGGUUUUACAAAACAAAUGCGGGAACCAAGUACCUGCCUCAGAUAUUGAGCUUCUUGUUUGACUGCAUGACGGACACAAACCUAUAUCAGCUUUCUAGCUCAAAGGCUAUAUCGAGUAUCUGCAGUCAAUGCAGGUAUUCUCUGGUCGAGUUUCUGCCUAGUUUUGAGACCAUCAUCACGGAAAUGAUCAAUAAUACAACAAUCGAUCCCGUUGUUAGGCAACGUAUAAUCAACGCAUAUGCUUCUAUAAUAGAAGGAGUGAAAGAUCCAGUGAUUCAGGGUGAGAACCUCUUUAAGCUUUUCGACCUUUUGGACAAAAAAUCAGUGUCUGUAUUUGCGGAACUGGCCACAGCUAAUGCAGAAGAGCGCGAAAAAAUGGUUGACUAUUUGAUAAGCUUAAUUAGCUCUGUCAGUGCCGUUGGGAGAGGUAUGCGGCUACCAGACGAAGUGGAUGGAUACUAUACAGAGGAGCAAGAGUUGAAAGUGCGCGAAUAUUGGACGGCAGAUCCCAUGGGAAUACAUUCCAAACUGCUCACUAUUAUCACAAACUUCACAAUGACCAACGAGAUUUUAUCGGAGAACUAUCAAAUAAUUGAAGAAGCUGUCAAUCUGUUCAAAUGUGGGCUCACGGAGUCUCUCCCUGGGCCUUUUGUGUUUGACUGUGCCACCAUUUUGCAAUUCAUUGUGACAAAGUUCAACUCAUUGAAGAAGUCUCAUGCAUAUCCUCUUUUAUACUCUUUGUUGAACUCAGUGGUCACAGCUCACUAUAGGACUCUAGACAUAGAGGCCCUACAUGGCACGAUCAACACUAUUUUCCUAUCAAAGCUUCCAGUCAUUGAAGACGAUCCGGAUCUUGUUCAAUCAAGUCUCAAUCUUUUCAGCACGAUGCUCACCACAAGGCCUUCCUUGCUACUCUCAAAUGAAAACUUGCUUAUGGCCCUGUUAGAGUUUGCGUUCAGACACUUGGGAUCGAAUGAGCGAUUUGUUCUUAAAGCACUAGAAAAGUUUUGGACAAGAUUCAUCACUUUGAGAAAAGGAGAUAGGCAGGACACGGUGAUUGUUAAAAGACUAUUUAAUGAGACUGAGCUGGGCUAUGUGUUGACCUUCAAUGUUUUAAAGUAUAUGCUUGCCACGCAGAGAUCCAAUUUAGAAACUUUCAUUGAAAUAAUAAAACAGCUCGUGGCAAAAUAUCCUUUGAUGAUGAACAAGUGGCUACGGGAAGCAUUUCAAAAGCUCAACGUGGAAAGAGAAAAAGAGAUCGAAAACUGGGAGAUUUUUGUGAAAAAAAUCAUGCUUACUAGAGGGACAAGAAGCGCGAAUGACUUAAUCAAAGACUUUUGGCUGGAGGUAAACGGGCUGAUCAAUUAUAGCUAA